GGCUCCUACGGGGUUUUGGCCCCCGCCCGUGCUGUUCUUGCCUUCGGCCUCAGUUUAGAGAAGAGUAUCUGCAAAAUGGCAACUGCUCAGAAGCAAAGGAAUUGUGUGAGUGCAGUUGUAUUUCCUAACAAAAUAUCUACAGAACAGCAGUCCCUGAUGCUAGUGAAGAGGCUCCUGGCAGUAGCAGUAUCCUGCAUUACAUAUCUGAGAGGAAUCUUUCCUGAAAGUGCCUAUGGAACAAGAUAUAUGGAUGAUGUCUGUGUCAAAAUUCUGAGGGAAGACAAGAACUGUCCUGGCUCUACUCAGCUGGUGAAAUGGAUGUUAGGAUGCUAUGAUGCCUUGCAGAAGAAAUACCUAAGAAUGAUUGUCCUGGCAGUCUAUACCCAUCCAGAAGAUCCUCAGACAAUUACGGAAUGUUACCACUUCAAAUUCAAGUACACCCACAAUGGGCCACUCCUGGAUUUCAGCAGUAAGAAUAAAAGGAAUGAUUCCACAAUCACCUGUGCAGACACCAAGAAAGCAAGUAUCCUCCUCAUUCGCAAGAUUUAUGUUCUGAUGCAAAACCUGAGUCCAUUACCAAAUGAUGUUUGCCUGACUAUGAAGCUGUUUUAUUAUGAUGAAGUUACACCAUCUGAUUACCAACCUCCUGGUUUUAAGGAGGGUGAAUGUGAGGGGAUGAUAUUUGAGGGGGAGCCUAUGUAUCUGAAUGUGGGUGAAGUGCCAACGCCUUUUCAUAUGCUGAAAGUUAAAGUUACAACUGAAAAACAACGAAUGGAAAAUGUUGAUAAAAGUGUUCUAAAGCAUGGAGACACUAACGUGCCUCUCCAGGUGCUCAGAGUGGACAGAGAUGAUCCAGAAGAGGAGAACCAGGACAUGAAUGAAGAUCCUGUCUUGGAUAAUAAAGUAGAAGAUAGAAAUAAUGUAAAUAUUUCAGAAGCUCAAGAACCAACUUUAACUUGUGAAGAAGAUGGAGUUACAAAGGCUAGAGGGAACCAGAAUGUGUAUGUUUCUAAUCCUCAGGUUGAUCAUUUGGCAAGUAAGACAUCUGAACUUAAUAUGUCGGAGAGCAGGACAAGAAGUGGAAAGAUAUUUCAAACCAGCACUGUUCAUCAGUUUGAACUCUCAUCUAGUCAAGAUGUGCUGCCAAAACGGAGAAAGAUCAGUGAACCAAAGGAGCAGUUUUAGAUACCCGUCUCCCUGUUGUUUGUUUACACAUUUCUCCACACCACUUCCAUUUUGUUGUUUAAUGUGAAUGUUCGUAUUUAAAUAUCUUUUAGGGAUCUUUUCUGUUCUAUUUGUAGUCAGAAUGGAGGGUAUUUUAAGGAAAGAAAAUCUGUCAAGAAGCCCAGCUGAAGAAAUCAGAACUUAUUUUUUUUAUAGGAGGUCGUACCCCAUCAGGAAGGACAGAACGUACCUGACUACUGAUGUAACUGAGAAAAUUUCUGUAACAAAGGUGAUUUGGGGGAUUUGACUCCCUGCUUAUAAUGUGUUUAAAUCCUGACGGUGAUUGUACAACAUUUGUUACCCACAACACAAGGUUUCACCAGUAACUUUGGGCUGUAUUUCAAAGCUGAGGAACUCCUUGUCCAGAACCUGCCUUACGGGGCACGGAACCCCCCAAGUCUUGGGUUAAUUUCCAGAGCUUUAUGGAGCAGGUUCGGGAGGGCUGUGUUGCCAGGUACAGCAAUAUUACAUUUUUGGUUUUACUACUAGGACAGUUAGGGAGGCUUGAUUCUUUGUAUUUCUUCCAGACUGAAGGCACCAGACUCAAGUGAAAAACAAGCAUUCUUCGUACCUUCAAUUACAUAUUUCAUGCCAAAAUGCAGGAAUUUCUGUACAGCUGUGAUGAGACAUGUAACUACAAAUGAAGUAUUAAUUUGUGGCAGGCAUCUGUUAUAAUGGUGCGAGAUUAUUUGAAGAAACCUGUAUGUACUUAAAGUGAUUAAUUGCAGAAGUUGGACAUGGUGCCAUUUCUUUUUCUAACAAAAAAAAGUUCAUUUUUCCUGUGCUGUACGUGAAUUGGAGUGAAGCUGUUUCUGCACGGCAAAGUCUUUAGGUGGGGAUAGCUGAACAUUUCUUGACACUUUUGACGUUUAACUUCAGAAUGUCUUUUUAUCAUUCCUCAAUUAAACCAAUGUUAACA